AUGAUGAUGAGAACUACUACCAGAGCCGCCACUCGCAGGGCGGGAUAUACCCAGUUUCGAGUUCCUCUGUCCCCGAGUUGGCUCCAAAAUGGACUUAUCCAUCUACCAUCCAGAAACGAAGAAUACACUAAGCAUCAAGCGAUAGAAAUACCGAGAAUAGCGUUGCCGGCACGUUACUUUUCCUCCACGACCAACAACAGUAGUGCCGAUAGAGGCGAGAAGAAAAUGACGAUGAAAGAAAGGGGCAAAAAUGCUAGAAAUGCAGGAAAGAAGGGAGCCAAAGCUGUUGGAGAAAUGUUCCGAAGAUAUGGUCCCAUCUUUGUGGGAACUUACCUUACCGUUUAUGGAGCAACACUUGGGAGUAUAUUUCUCGCUAUCGAAUCUGGACUUGUUGAUCCUGCAUAUGUAUUGAUGAAGGUAUCGAGUACAAGUGCGGAAGCCAAAUCCACAGGAGAUGUAAUUAUUGAACUCCUGGAUCACUAUUCUUGGACUAGGCCGGCUGUUCCGAUUCUGGAAAAACAUCCAGAAUUUGCUAAUCUUGGCGUUGCCUGGGUGGCAACAAAGUUCACGGAGCCGCUUCGAUUGGCAAUCACAUUCCCAGUUGUACCAAGAGUUUCCCGAGCGGUAGGAUGGACCAAACCCGAAGAAGAAGAAGAAGACCCAAAGGCGUAG